GCUCACAUGAACGUCAACACGGUCGACUCAAGAGGCUGGACGGCACUACACGUUGCAGCCGCGGCCGACCAGAGAACCCUCUUCCCCGUCCUCAUCGAAGCAGGAGCAAACAUCAAUGCCUUCGAAAUGAACGGCCAAAGCCCCUUGUCGCUGGCCGUAGACAAGGGCCACAUGGACGCAGUAGUAGAGCUUAUCGAAGCCGGCGCCAUUGUCAACGCAUCGCACAAGAACGGCUGGUCGCCGAUCUGCACCGCUGUGAUGGGAAAAGGCCUGGAGAUGACCAACCUGCUCUUAGCAUUUGGCGCUGAUCCAUCCUCACCAGAUGCGGGUGGAUGGACGCCUCUGCAUUUCGCCAUCAGCGACGAGAACACCGACGACGGCGUGCUGGAUGCUCUCCUCGAGGCGGGCGCAGACCCCAACACUCUCAGCCAAGAUGGAUGGACGCCGAUGAUGGUGGCUGCGAAGCAGGGCGACCACGACAUGGGGCGAUUGCUCCACGCAAGGGGCGCUAGCUUGGAUGACUGCGAUGGCGAGAGCCUCACGCCGCUGCAUGUCGCGGCUUUACAUGGGCACCGCGUCUUCUUCAAGUGGCUUGUGGAAGCGGGUGCGAAGCAGGACGUCCGGGAUGCCCGCGGGCAAACGCCGUCUUCGGUACGCAACGGGUUUUGA